AUGCAUCAAGCGAACAAGGAGGAGGGGAGCCAAGCAGCCGCCGCAAAGUUAGAUUUUCCGGAGAGCGCAUCGGAUGACCACAUCAGCGUAGACGAGGAAAAUGUGUGGGGUGAGGAUAUAAAUAUUGCAGACGAUGACCUCCUUUUAUUAGGCGAUGGUGGAAAGGGAGAAGUGGAGGCGAAGCCACCCGGUGGAACCAGUUCAGGGGAUGGGCUUAUGGAGGGCACCUCCAUGGUGGAACACAGUGAAGACGUAAAGGAUCGACACAUCGUGGGGGACGGAGAAUGUCAAAUUGAAGACCCCCCGGAAGAAGGGGAUAAUAAAACGGGAGAGAGGAAUCAGGAGGGGGGGGUCUUAAAUUGUAUCGAAGAAGCGCAUAACAAGGAACAGAAUGAGAAGAAGCAGAUCCAUCAUACGGGUGAGCAAGUGAACGACAUAGGCUCUCCAUAUAUGAACCUGCAUGGUGAAGAAGAAUUUAUGGGCAAUUCAGGGAAAGGGGCAAUUGAGGAGGGACCCUUUUCUCCCCUCUCUCAUGGAUCAAACGUUACGGAGGAGGAAUGUCCCCCAGGUCGAACCAACCAGAAAUGUGUGAAUUAUGGUGCAGAAAAAAUGGGUAUGGUCAAAAUGGAUCAAUUUGUUGACGAAAAGGGUGAAAAUGGCCUGAACAGUGCAGGUGAUGAAAAUGUGGGAGGAAACGUCCAAAAGGGGAGAUGCAGAUCGGGUUUGUUACCUGAUCAGACUACCCCCCUGAAUGGGUCGAUGGAGCAAAGUGGGGCACCUGCGGCAUCUGCGGCAUUGGGGGCAUCUGCGGCAUUGGGGGAAUCUGCAACAUUGGGGGCAUCUGCGGCAUCUGCGCCAUAUGGAGGAUCCUCCCAACUGUGUGAAGAACAACCCGAUGAUGGCACAACAGACGGUGGAAACAUAAACGCAGAAGUAGCCACCAUCACGCAGCUAAAGAAGCAGUGUGAAAUUUUAAAAAAAAAAGUAAAGGAAUAUGAAAGAAGGAAUGAACAACAAACAAGUGAACAAAAUGAACUGCUGGAAAAACUGAAGACCUACGAGAAAAAUUGCAACCAAGUGAAUAAGGAAAAUAUGGAAAACAAAGAAAAUUAUGAGCAAAUUAAAACGUAUUGUAAUCAAAUGAGCAGCAAAUGCGAUGAGUAUGAGAAGAAGGUACAACAGAUGCAAGGAGAGAUGGAACAAAAUAAAAAUGUGAGUAAACAGAAGGAAGAAGAAAUGAUGGAACAUAUCACCAAGAUAGAAACAGAGAUGGAGAGGAAAAAUCAAACCAUACAGGAAAUGAAAAAUAUAAUUGAAAAAUACAAAAGGGAGAUAAACCAAUCGGAAUAUAACCGUAAGCAGAAGGAAGAAGAAAAACGGAAUGACCAACUUAUGUAUAAAAAAGCAGUAGACCAAUUGGAACAAAAAAUUACCCAAUUGGAAAAUCAACUAAGUAAUAUGCAGGAAGAAAAUUCACAGUUGAGAAACAAAAACAAAGAACUGAACGAUGAAUAUACCUACCUGAAAAUAAAAGAAGAAAAAAAUGAACAAAAUAUUUCCAAUUUAAGGUCCAACUUACAGAUGAACGAAAAAGACAGUUUUGUUAAAUAUGAAAGGAUUCAAGAACAGAACAAUCAAAUUGAGCACCUACUUAUGGAAAAUAAAAAAAAUUUGAAAGAUAUAGAAUUUCUGAGGAGUGAAAAAGGCAAAGUUGAAAAUGAAAAUGAAAUUUUGAAAAAAGAUCUGCUGUACGUACAGGAGAAAUUAAAAAGUAUCGAAAAAUACAGCUACGAUAUUUACGAAAUGAAAAACUAUGUGGAGACUGUUGUCGAGAAAAAUAAAAGUCUUAUGGAACAGCUGGAGUUGGAGAAGAAUCAGAAGGAAGAACUGAAAGAGAAAAUAAAAGCGUUCCUUACCGAAAUGAAUAAUUCUGCAAUAUGUCUCAAAUCGUACAAAAUGAAGUGUUCCUUCUUUGUUGACGUUCUGAGGAAGUGUGAAGCCAGGAUGGGUCUGCUUCGGAGGAAGCUCAAGGGUUACGAGUCGGUGGAGAGUUUCUAUGCCAGAUGGAGCGUGCAUCCCGCGUUGGGCCUAGCCCUGCGGGAGGGAGCAAGUGACUCUGCGGACAAGGUGGGUGACCGCCAUGCAGGCAAGGUGGAUGAUGACUACGGUGAAGACAACCCGGGGGAGGACCACACAAAUCGCACAAAACAGACCAUCCUCCUGAGGGAGGAACUCCAAAUGGAGAUAAGAAAGGCAGAAGAAGUGACAGAAAAAUUGCGGAAACUACAAAACACAGUGAAGGACAAAAAUUUACUCAUAAAUGAAAAAAACUACAAACUGAACAAAUACAAGCUCCUAAACAAAAAUCUGAAAAAUACCAUCGUAGGGUACCAAAAUAGCAUGAACGUAAUGAAGGAAAAUAUACAUAACUUAGAAAAAAAAAUCGCCAUGAAGGAAGUGAAAAAUAUAGUGGUACCACCAAAGGUCACUGUGCAUGUGUCAAAAUUGGCUUCUUUUGAAAAUAAUUUAAAAAAUGAGCUUAAGGGGCUUAUUGGAAAUUCUUCCACCUUUUUAGAAAGCACAUUUAAGUAUAUAAAUGAAAAUCCGAUUAAAAAGAACCUCCAGAAUAAAGCCUUCUUUUCGUCCGUAACGGAGAAGAAAAUUGACGACGGGGAGAAGAGGGGGGGAACAGUUAAGGAGGCCUCCUCAAGUAGUGUGUCCAACACGGAAGGGGCAAUACCCAAUUUGGUUAAUACCGGCAUAGGAACCGCCAGCCCAGGCGAUGGAAGCCUCGCGGAUGUCACCGGAUUUGCCAAAAAUUUUAUUUACACUAAUAUGAAUCGAAUCCCCAAUUUCAUCUCCGAUCAGAACGGUAAAAACAGUUCCGCGCAGUUGGGCGUGGCGGCGAGAAGCGAGUCGCCCCACCCGAGCGGAGACGCGGUCGUUUGGAAGAAUGAUGGAGCAACGAUAGAGGGAAAGCUAGCGGAGGGAAAGCUAGCGGAGGGAAAGCUUGCGGAGGGAAAGCUAGCGGAGGGAAAGCUUGCGGAGGGAAAGCUAGCGGAGGAAAGGCAUGCGGAGGGACACCAGGUGGGACCCAGCCGCAUAGAGGAUAAGCACGUAGAGCCCAACCAGGUGGAGCACCCCAAGUCAGACGCAAAGGUAGACGCAAAGGCAGGCGCAAAGGCAGACGCAAAGGCAGACGCAAAGGCAGACGCAAAAGCAGACGCAAAGGCAGACGGAAACAACAAAUACUUAGACCUGUUCAUGGGGAAAAAGAACCUGAACAAGGUCAGCAGCCCAAGUGACAUUUUGAACGUACAACACGUUUCGCAGUUCUAUGUAAACACGGAAAAUAAAAUUAAAGACUUAUUCGACAUGAAUAAAAAGAAGGAGUCUCCGAAAAUAAAAGAAAAGGAGGAAUCUCAGAAAAGCUUCCAUUCCAGUGAAAAUGCCUUUUUCCCCAUGCACCUCUUCGGUGGCAGCAAAGUGAAAGAAGCACUGCCAACUCGUCUAGGGGAUGCAAAAAAUGAAAGUGAAUUAAGUUGCUCCCCCACAUUUAGGGAGAACUCAAAUAAGUACGACUUUGCUGGGUGCAAAAAGAAGUCCCUAAAUAGUUUGUAUUAUGAUAACAACCCAGCAGCAGAGGGGAAUACAAAAGAGGAGGCAAAAGAGGAGACAAUAGAGGAGGCAAAAGAGGAGACAAAAGAGGAGGCAAAAGAAAUGGACAAACGUCAGGAGAAGUUGCACCCCAAUUCGUCUGACGAAGACGCACAAAUAAACGACGACGUGUGGAAUGAGAAAAUCGAUUUCGAGAACUUCGAUGUGGAGGAGUUGUAA